UUUGGAAGUUCGGGGCGUAAGAAGAAUGGUUGAUUGUUGAAGUUGGGCAAGAAAAGGCUUGGUUUGGCGUUUGAACAUCUUGUGUGGGUUAAGGCUUAGUUUUCUUUAGCAUAUUUGCAGGUUUAUGAGGUGAGGGCAGCUGUGUGCUAAAGUUGAAAUCGAGAUGACUCCUCCAAAGAGUAUUUUAUCGACUCCUGGAGCAAGUUCAGACAGCAUAGAAACGAAUCUCUCUGAAGAUCCACCUCAGAGAAAAAUGACAAAGUCCAAAAAAUCAUCUCAAGUAAAUAAGAAUAGUGACGAUUAUCGCCGGCGAAGGGAGCGAAACAACCUUGCUGUGAAGAAAUCUCGUAACAAGAGCAAGAUUCAAACUCAGCAGACUCUUGAUCGAGUACAGAAGUUGAAAGCAGAAAAUGAAAUGCUUGAAGUGAAAAUUAAAAUUCUUUCAAAAGAGCUAAGUUUUUUAAAAGAUCUGUUUUUAGCUCAUGCAGGGAAUGCCCACGGAGGCAACCUUGCUGCUGUUAAUUUUAAGACUUUGAGUGAUGAAACAGAGGCAGGUACAAAAUCACCCACACCUGAAGUGUAAUAGAAAAUAUUGGAUCUCCUUUUUCCAUGUUCAGAUUUUUUAUUUUUUCUCUCUCCCUCACACAGUUGUACAUAAAUAAAUAUGUUGCUGUAUGUAUUGUUUUCAAAUUAAUUUGCUUAUUGCACCUCUGGAGUGCUUAUUUUCAAGCGAUUUUUUUGCCGGUCAUAAUGCUUUUACACUUCCUGCUUUGUGUGCAACAUAGUCAAGGACAAUUAAUUAUUUUCUUUGUAAAAUAACAUUAAUUGUUUAUUUGUGGAUCUUUGUAAGAGCAGCAGUAUCAUAUUGCUUAAAAUAUUCUUGUAAUUGAAACUGGUAUUAGUUACACUUGUCGUAGUCUGUUUUGUACUGUAUACUCAGUCUUCUCAUACAUCAUGUUGUGUAUUUACUUAUUUUAUGGUCACUUUCAAUUACAUAAAAAUUCAAAUAAGUUUUCUACAUUUAUUUUAAAUGUGUGUGGGGGGGAGGACAACUUUUAUUUUUUCAGGUGUCUGUCUUGAAAUCAAUCAGCUUUCCAAGUAUCAUUUUGAAUAUUAAAAUUUAAUUUUGUAUUUAUUUGAAGGGUUUUAGCUGUUUAAGUAAAUGUUUGGUUUGCUGUGUAGCCGAUUUGUUUAAGUUUGAUAUAUUGUACGUGUGUAGUUUAGACUGCUAGUUAAAAUGGUAUAUCAAAGCUAUUUAACUACCAAAUGUAAUACGUCAAGGCAUUGGGUUUGUUUGGCCAGUUUUUUGGCAUUGAGAAUAUUAAGAUAGUGUUUAAUCGAACUAUCAAACUAUGGUAUAUCAAAGCUAUUUAACUACCAAAUGUAAUACGUCAAGGCAUUGGGUUUGUUUGGCCAGUUUUUGGCAUUGAGAAUAUUAAGAUAGUGUUUAAUCAAACUAUGGUAUAUCAAAGCUAUUUAACUACCAAAUGUAAUACGUCAAGGCAUUGGGUUUGUUUGGCCAGUCUUUUGGCAUUGAGAAUAUUAAGAUAGUGUUUAAUCGAACUACGUUUACCAAGUGAGAAAUUGAAGCAUUUGAAUUGUUUAGGUAUAUCAAAUAUGUCUGGUUUUAGCAACAAUGCUCUACCACUGGAGGAAAAGAACUUUACUCUGCCUUUAGUCUUACAUUCUAUAGAGUUAUCAGUUACAAAUCAAACAUUAAAAUACAGAUAUGUUUUAGUUUUGGAACAUAACUUUUAAUAAAAAGGUCAUGAUUUUGAG